GGAACGCCGACCUCGGGCGGAGAGCUCGGCUGUGCCCAGUAUUCCAUCCCCGCGCCCCCCGCGCCCUCCGGAGAGAACAGGACUAUGCCCGGGGCUGGGGACGGAGGCAAAGCCCCGGCGAGAUGGCUGGGCACUGGGCUUUUGGGCCUCUUCCUGCUCCCCGUAACCCUGUCGCUGGAGGUGUCUGUGGGAAAGACCACCAACAUCUACGCUGUCAACGGCACGGAGAUCCUGCUGCCCUGCACCUUCUCCAGCUGCUUUGGCUUCGAGGACCUCCACUUCCGGUGGACCUACAACAGCAGUGACGCAUUCAAGAUUCUCAUAGAGGGGACUGUGAAGAAUGAGAAGUCUGACCCCAAGGUGACGUUGAAAGACGAUGACCGCAUCACUCUGGUAGGCUCUACUAAGGAGAAGAUGAACAACAUUUCCAUUGUGCUGAGGGACCUGGAGUUCAGCGACACGGGCAAAUACACCUGCCAUGUGAAGAACCCCAAGGAGAAUAAUCUCCAGCACCACGCCACCAUCUUCCUCCAAGUCGUUGAUAGACGUAUGCAAAGUGGACAAACAGUGACACUCAUCAUUCUGGCUGUCGUGGGCGGGGUCAUCGGGCUCCUCAUUCUCAUCCUGCUGAUCAAGAAACUCGUCAUCUUCAUCCUGAAGAAGACUCGGGAGAAGAAGAAGGAGUGUCUCGUGAGCUCCUCAGGGAAUGACAACACGGAGAACGGCUUGCCUGGCUCCAAGGCGGAGGAGAAACCACCUUCGAAAGUGUGAGCCCUGCUUCGGGCUGAGCAGCUACAGGGAGCCCCCUUUCUGAUGAUGAAACUAAUGCUUGAGCCCCGUCCGUAGAACCCACGUGCCUGAGACAUCUGCUGCUUGGCUCAAACUGUAGUCUUUCCAGGCACAAGAAACCGGAGUCCUGCCCAGCCUGCCCAUCCCCUUCCCAGUCAGGGCUCCCCAGGGACAAGGGAUGGCCAGGGGAGGGGGUCUACGGAAGAUUCAGGAGAAAGA